AUAAAUGGUCCCACCCCUGGGCAAGGUGGCUCACUUUGGCAGGUAGGAACAGGGGAGUGUGCACCUGCCACCAGUCAAGCUCAGCCAGACUGCGAGAGAAGGCAAGGUGGAUCAAGCGAGGGAGUGAGUGAACCAUGGACAAGUUGAAGUGCCUGAGCUUCUUCAAGUGCAGGGGGAAAGAGACAGUGACAGCUUCAUCAGAGAACUUCCAUGUUGGUGAAAAUGAUGAGAAUCAGGACCGUGGUAACUGGUCCAAAAAAUCAGAUUAUCUUCUAUCUAUGGUUGGAUAUGCAGUGGGAUUGGGAAAUGUGUGGAGAUUUCCGUACCUGACCUACACCAAUGGCGGAGGUGCCUUCUUGAUACCUUAUGCAAUUAUGCUAGCAUUGGCUGGUUUACCUUUGUUCUUCCUAGAGUGUUCACUGGGACAAUUUGCUAGCUUAGGUCCAGUUUCAGUUUGGAGGAUUCUUCCAUUGUUUCAAGGUGUGGGAAUUACAAUGGUCCUGAUAUCCGUUUUUGUGACGAUCUAUUACAAUGUCAUAAUCGCCUAUAGUCUUUACUACAUGUUUGCUUCUUUUCAAAGUGAACUACCAUGGAAAAAUUGUUCUUCUUGGUCAGAUAAAAACUGUAGCAGAUCACCUAUAGUAACUCACUGUAAUGUGAGUGAAGGAAUAGGACAUAUCAUCCAAAUGAAUAAAAGCUGGGUAGACACCAACAAUUUGACCUGCAUCAAUGGCAGUGAAGUUUAUCAGCCAGGGCAGCUUCCCAGUGAACAAUAUUGGAAUAAAGUGGCACUCCAACGGUCAAGUGGAAUGGAUGAGACUGGAGUAAUUGUGUGGUAUUUAGCACUUUGUCUUCUUCUGGCUUGGCUGAUAGUUGGAGCAGCAUUAUUUAAAGGAAUUAAGUCUUCCGGCAAGGUGGUAUAUUUUACAGCUCUUUUUCCCUAUGUGGUCCUGCUCAUCCUGUUAAUACGAGGUGCAACUCUAGAAGGUGCAGCAAAAGGCAUUUCAUACUAUAUUGGAGCACAGUCAAAUUUUACAAAACUUAGAGAAGCUGAGGUAUGGAAAGAUGCUGCCACUCAAAUAUUUUACUCCCUUUCAGUGGCUUGGGGUGGCUUAGUUGCUCUGUCAUCUUACAACAAGUUCAAUAACAACUGCUUCUCUGACGCCAUUGUAGUUUGUUUGACAAACUGUCUCACUAGUGUGUUUGCUGGAUUUGCUAUAUUUUCUAUAUUGGGACACAUGGCUCAUAUAUCUGGAAAGGAAGUCUCUCAAGUUGUAAAAUCAGUUGCAGCUAUACUGGAAGUAGUAGGAAUCAUCUGGAUUUAUGGAGGGAACAGAUUCAUUGAAGACAUAGAAAUGAUGAUUGGAACAAAGAGGUGGAUAUUCUGGCUAUGGUGGAGAACUUGCUGGUUUGUCAUUACGCCUAUCCUUUUGAUUGCAAUUUUUAUCUGGUCACUGGUACAAUUUCAAAGACCCAAGUAUGCUCAAAUUCCAUACCCUGACUGGGGAGUGGCUCUAGGCUGGUGUAUGAUUAUUUUCUGCAUUAUUUGGAUUCCAAUUAUGGCUGUUGUAAAAAUAAUUCAGGCUAAAGGAAAUAUCUUUCAACGCAUUGUAAGCUGCUGCAGACCAGCUUCUAACUGGGGUCCAUACCUGAAACAACAUCGUGGGGAGAGAUAUAAAGACAUGAUAGAUCCUGUUAAAGAGACUGACCAUGAAAUACCUACUGUUAGUGGCAGUAGAAACCCAGAAUGAGAUCUCAUUUUAAAAGAUACAUGGUUAUAUAAUGUGAUUUUUUUUAGAGUAGGGGAAAAUUUUAUUUAUUUGUAUGUUAAUUGAGUAGAAAAUGUAUAUACUAUAUUCAUUACUAUAUUCAUAAUAGUGUGAUAAGUUUUUUCCCAUUUAAGCAGGAAUGCAAUAUAAAAAUGUGAAUCUAUUAA